AUGUCGAAGAAAAGAACAGGGAAAUUUUGCGUUGCAGCGGGCUGCACAUCAACACACAAGGAUAAUGUGUCCUUACAUGAUUUCCCCAAGGAAUCGAAAAGACCAGAUAUCCGUCGGCAGUGGAUUGCUUUUGUUAAAACGAAACGAAAAGAUUUCACCAGUCCCACCCCUCAUUCUGUGCUCUGCGAGAAACAUUUCGCCGUUCACUGCUACCCCAUGGAAUAUAUGAUUAAGAGGUCUAUCGGUAUGGAAGUAAAGAAAAAGUCACUUUUGCCCGAUGCUGUACCCACUAUUCAUCUGAUCGGAACAGUGAAUCCUCUGUUAGGAAAGAGAUCUUCUUCAGAUGUAGAUGCUCCAACAACAUCGCGUCCAUCGCAACAGAAGAAAAUUCGAUCUGCUUUUCUUAAACGGGAAUGCUUUAGGGCUGUGGAAUCUCAGCAAUCACAACAUAAUGAACAUGAACAUGUGCAGUGUAAAGAAAAUGAAUCCCACUCACAGACAGACUGUAUUAAACCAGAUGAUCAGGAAAUUUAUCAGAUUGCAACAAGAAGUAUUGGACUUCAGAUAAGCGAGAGCAAGAAUGUGUCAUCAAAGCGAUCAAAGAGAUGCCAAACUAAUAUAAAAAAAUCAGACAAAGUUACUCAAGUAAAUAUGGACAAAAACCUGAAGUUAACCUCAACUGGAAUCCAGUGCAACAGAGAUCUAGAGGAUGGUAUUGGAAAACAGCAUCCAUGUCAAAAAAAGAUGAAGCAGACCCCACUGAAGUUUUCAGUGCAUGAUGACUCUAUUGAUGAAUAUUCAUCAGAAGUAGACGAAAAAGACCCUGACUUUGAACCAAAUUUUUCUGAUGACUGUCAGUCUAACUCAUCAAUAAAUGAAAAUUAUCAACCAUGGAAAGAUAGGAAGUUCAUUGUGUUUGAAUCAAGGCUAUUGGAACUGUUUCAAUUUUGUCCAUCUUGUUCUGCACCUGCUUUAUUUGACGUGAAGAGAACUGUUGGAUCAAUGGUUAAAAUAGAACAGGCUUGUGGUGGAUGUGGCUUCAACAGAAUAUGGGAGAGUCAGCCCAUGAUAGGAUCUGUACCAGCAGGAAAUCUGAUUUUCUCUGCAGCUCUUCUCUUUACUGGAUUACUUCCCUCUAAAACCAUCCGGUUCAUGGAACAGAUGAAUGUCUCAUGUAUCUCCUCCAAUACUUUUUUCCAACACCAAAAGUAUUAUUUACAUCCAUCUAUUUGUUCGGUGUGGAGGACCUUCCAAGAAAAUUACUUCACACAAAUGGCUGCCAGUGGGAAGGCUUUAACCCUAGGAGGUGAUGGUAGAGCAGACACCCCAGGUCAUUCUGCCAAGUAUGGGAGCUAUGGUUUGCUGGAUCUAGACCUUAUGAUUGUAAUACAUAUAGAACUAGUGCAAAGUAAUGAAGUAAAAAGCAGCUACCAUAUGGAAAAAGAAGGUUUUGUACGAAGCAUCAACCUUGUACAAAGUAAAGGACUAAAAAUCGGGGAGAUUGUGACAGACCGCCAUGUUCAAAUUGUCAAGUAUGCCCGAGAGGAAUUGCCGAACACCAAACAUUAUUUUGAUGUGUGGCAUGUAGCUAAAGGACUGAAGAAAAAACUAGUGGCUUUAUCCAAGGAAAAGAACUGUGAAGCAUUGCAGCCAUGGAUCCGUAGCAUGUGCAAUCACCUUUACUGGGUACCUGCCUCAACACCAAGUGGUAAUGGUCAGUUAAUGCUGGAAAAAUGGGAGUCGAUUGUCAACCAUGUCCAAAACAUACACGAACACGAUGGGCAGUUAUACACUGAGUGCUCACAUGGACCACUGGAGGGAAGAGAACAACAAAAGAAAUGGCUCAUUCCUGGAAGCAAAGCUGCAGAAAAAUUUUCUGAUAUUGCCACUUCAAAGCAAAUGAAGAAGGAUGUUCAGAAAUUAUCUCCAGGUGCACAGACUGCAUCGUUGGAAGGUUAUCACGCUGUUGUUAACCAUUUUGCACCCAAAAUGAUUGGGUUUUCAUAUCAUGGGAUGAAGUCAAGAAUCAUAUUAGCAGCUCUUCAUUUUAAUGAAAAUGCCAUGAGAGAACAGGCCUCCACGAAAGAGGGAAGGAAAAGAUAUGAUGUCAUAUUCCCCAAAUUCAAAAAAAGGGGAAUAUUCUAG